AUGACAAUGACCCCGGGAAGGAAGAGACCAAUGGCUGCCGUCGCCUGCCUGAUCCUAGCAGCUGCUGGCUGCUUUGCUAAUUUGGGUGAAUCUCUUCAGGUCACCGUCCAACCUGCUUCCACCGUCCAAAAGUAUGGUGGCUUGGUGAGCCUUGGGUGUGUGGUAGAGCCCCCGAAAGUCAACGUUACCUGGAGGCUGAAUGGGAAGGAGCUGGUGGGGUCGGAUGUGGCGCUGGGGAUCCACAUUGAGCUGGGGAAGCUCAUCAUCAUGGCUCUCAACAACCACACCGUGGGCCGGUACCAGUGCAUCGCCCGCAUGCCGGAGGGAGUUGUUGCCAGCGUCCCAGCCACAGUGACUUUAGCCAAGAUCAAAGACUUCAAAUUUGAUGGCCAGCAUGUGAUUGAAGUGGAUGAAGGGAACACAGCUGUGAUUGCAUGUGACCUGCCCGAAAGCCACCCCAAAGCCCAGGUGCGCUACAGUGUGAAACAGGAGUGGCUGGAGGCCUCCAGAGACAACUACCUGAUCAUGCCAUCUGGGAACCUUCAGAUAGUCAAUGCCAGCCAGGAGGAUGAAGGAACGUACAAGUGUGCUGCCUACAACCCCGUGACCCAGGAAGUGAAAACCUCCGUCUCCAGUGACAGACUCCGCGUGCGACGCUCCACAGCAGAGGCGGCACGGAUAAUCUAUCCCCCGGAGGCUCAGACCAUCAUCGUCAUCAAAGGUCAAAGCCUCAUCCUGGAAUGUGUGGCUAGCGGGAUCCCGCCUCCCCGGGUCACCUGGGCCAAGAACGGCUCCAGUAUUUCUGGCUACAACAAGACCCGCUUCCUGCUCAGCAACCUGCUGAUCGACGCCACCAGCGAGGAAGACUCCGGCACCUACAGCUGCAUGGCUGAUAAUGGGGUGGGCGAGGCUGGAACCGUGUUCAUAUUCUAUAACGUUCAGGUGUUUGAACCUCCUGAGGUCACCAUGGAGCUGUCCCAGCAGAUCAUCCCCUGGGGUCAGAGUGCAAAGUUCACCUGCGAGGUGCGAGGGAACCCCCAGCCCUCGGUCAUGUGGCUGCGCAAUGCCGUGCCUCUCUCCUCCAACCACCGGUUCCGGCUGUCCCGUAAGGCCCUGCGGGUGAUGAGUGUGGGGCCUGAGGAUGACGGGAUAUAUCAGUGCGUGGCAGAGAAUGAAGUUGGCAGUGCACAAGCCAUGGUGCACCUUAGGACCGCCCAGCCUGGAACAACUAUGAAGCCAUGGCGAGACUCCAGGUCGGGCUCAGCUCAGUCCCCCACGCCACCGUCCAGCGACAAGGCUCUGAAGGAGAAAGCCAUGCUGCAAAGGCCUAAGCCUACUGCGCUGGAAGCAUCUCUCCAGUGCAUGACUAACAGAGGGCAGGUGUCUCCGGCUGAGGCGCCCAUCAUCCUCAGUUCUCCCAGGACGUCCAAGACGGACUGCUACGAGCUGGUGUGGAGACCGCGACACGACGGCAGGGCCCCCAUCCUUUACUACACUGUGAAGCAUCGCAAGCAGAUUAUGAACUCUUCAGCCAACUGGACAGUCAGGGACAUCCCUGCAACUCAGCACCGCCUGACCCUGAGCAGACUGGAUCCUGGGAGCUUGUAUGAGGUGGAGAUGGCAGCUUAUAACUGUGCAGGGGAGGGACAGACGGCCAUGGUGACCUUCAGGACUGGUAAAGGCCGACGACCAAAACCCGACAUUGUCGCCAGUAAAGAGCAGCAGAUCCAAAGGGACGACCCAGGCACUAGCACUCAGAGCAGCAGCCAUCUGGACAACAGCCGCCUCUCCCCUCCCGAGGCACCAGACCGCCCUACCAUCUCCACAGCAUCGGAGACAUCUGUCUAUGUGACCUGGAUCCCCCGCGGGAAUGGAGGGUUCCCCAUCCAGUCUUUCCGAGUGGAGUACAAGAAACUGAAGAAGUUAGGAGACUGGGUGCUGGCCACCAGCGACAUCCCCCCCUCUCGGCUCUCAGUGGAAAUCACAGGCCUGGAGAAAGGCACUUCCUAUAAGUUCCGUGUCCGGGCGCUGAACAUACUGGGGGAGAGCGACCCCAGCGCCGCGUCUAAGCCGUACGUUGUGUCGGGAUACAGUAACCGAGUGUACGAGCGCCCCGUCACCGGGCCUUACAUCACCUUCACCGAUGCCAUCAAUGAGACCACCAUCAUGCUGAAAUGGAUGUACAUCCCAGCCAGUAACAACAACACCCCCAUCCAUGGCUUUUACAUCUACUACCGCCCCACCGACAGCGACAACGACAGUGACUACAAGAAGGACGUGGUGGAAGGGGACCGGUACUGGCACUCCAUCAGCCACCUGCAGCCAGAGACCUCCUACGACAUCAAGAUGCAGUGCUUCAACGAGGGCGGCGAGAGCGAGUUCAGCAAUGUGAUGAUCUGUGAAACCAAAGCUCGGAAGUCUCUUGGGCUGCCUGGGCGCCUUCCGCCCUCAACGGUGCCCCCACAGCAGCAUCCACCGCUCAGUGGUGGGCACAGCGGGCUGGGGACUGGUGCCAUGGUGGCCCGCUCCAGUGAUCUGCCCUACCUGAUUGUAGGGGUAGUGCUGGGCUCUAUCGUCCUCAUCAUUGUGGCCUUCAUCCCCUUCUGUCUGUGGAGAGCCUGGUCCAAGCAGAAACAAACCAUAGACCUGGGCUUCUCUGGAACGGGGCUGCUGGUGUCCUCCUGCCAGUACACCAUGGUGCCCCUGCGAGGGGUCCCCACUCCUCGAGCCAACGGGCAGCCCUAUGCCAACGGGCAGCCCUAUGCCAAUGGUGUGCUGAACGGUGGCUGCCCCUCAGGUGGGACAGGCUACCCAAGCACAAAGUCCCGAGACUACAGUCCGGAUGAAGUUCACCAGGAUGAGACCAACACCUUACUGCAGGGGAGGGUGCUGCAAAAUGGGACUGUCCAAGAACACUAUCCAACCUCCCGGCUCUCUGAUGCUAGACCAGAAGACAGUUCCUUCCUCUAUAGCCUCCCAGAUGACUCCACCAACCAGCUGCUCCAGCCACAUGAUGACUGCUGUCAUCUUCAGGAACAACUUGUUGGCCUACAUCACCCAGUGACAGGAUGCAAGACGGGAGGCCCCAGCCUGGAAGCCCUGCGAGAUCCCACGUUCCACAGAGGUACCCCUUGCUGCCUUGGCCUGGUGCCAGUUGAAGAAGUAGAGAGGCUAGAUUGCUGCCAGCUCAGAGGAGAACGGUGUCCCCAGAACCCAGCCAUCACCUGUUUGGGGCAGGACCCAACGAGGCAUCUGAGCAGCAGCCCUCCACGGCACAUGCCCUUUGAGACUCCUCCUCCUACCAGUUAG